AUGGGAACGCAGCAAGAGGCAGCACUGCAACAGCAGACGGAUGAAUUUGGGCGCAUAAUUGUGGGCGGUGGUCAGCCGGCCACCACCAAAUCCAUGACAAGCAGCAGCAGCAGUAAACCAGAAGCGCAGCCGGAAAGCAAUGGUUAUGGAAACGACUAUUACGGCGAUAACUACUAUGGAGAUGCCAGCCGUCAUUCCUAUCGAAACAACGACGCCGAUGAAAAUCCUCUACAAGCAGGAGUUGUCGUGCAAGGCCGAGUGGUCCGAAUAGAAACCUACGGAGCCUUUCUCGAUUUUCAAUUGUCUCACAGCACUAAUCGCAACGUCAAGUACCGAGGCUUGAUUCACAUUAGUCAAAUGGCUCCCCAUCGAGUGGAAAAAGUGGAGGAUAUCGAAAUGAUCAAAAUGCAAAACACAAUCUACGCUGUCAUUUUGGAAGUUACGCCAGGAUUUGGUGGUCCAGGACGAGAAAAAAUUCGAUUGUCGCUCGUGGGGGUCGACCAACAAUCCGGGAUCUUGACACAGCCUAUUAUGCCACCACAAGACAACUACAAUAACAAUCAUCAGUAUCGCCAUGAAAGCAGACGAGGUGGUGGUGGUGGCGACCGCAAUAGUCGAUUCUUGGAAGAGCGCGCCAAACAACGCAGAAUAAUGUUCAAAGACAUGGUGGAUCGAGAGGGAAUCAAAUGGUGGGGACAUGAACGGGCAUCCUCCAAACAACAACAGCAACCCGAGAUGGGAAUGCUGCGAUUAAUAUGGUCCUCUAGUCCAGAACCACCCAGCAAUGUUCCCACCGCAACCACCAAAGAAGCCGCUAAAAAGAAGGCACCCGACAACAGCAGCAAGACAAGCAACAGUAAACCAAAAAAGAAUGGAAAGAGUCGCCGUGACAAAUCUUCUGACGACAGUUCUUCCGAAUCGGAAGAUUCUCGGGAUCGCCGAAGCAAAAGGCGCAAACGAUCCAGCAAUAGUCGGAGCAAACGAACCGCCAACGGUCGUCGAAAGAGUCGUCGACGAUACUCUUCCAGCAGCAGCAGCAGUAGUAGUUCUUCUAGUAGCAGCGACAGCAGCAGCAGUGAGUCGUCAUCCUCCUCCUCCAAAGACUCGACAUCUACAGAUGGUAGCAAACGCGACAACAAACGAGCCAAGACAAGUAGUACGGAUGACAACGACAAACCAGUUGAAAAACAAGCAACAGCGCAAGAUGACGCACACAUUAGUACGGAAGAUUGGAAAGAAGCGAAAGAAAUGAAGGCUGCUGUCCAAGGCAACAACGAUGAUGACGAGGACGAUGAUGAUUUUGGCCCUGCCCCGCUUCCACAAGCAACCGGCGGCGCGGGUGGAGGUGUUGGAGGCACCGAUGGGUAUGGUAAAGCCUUAUUGCCAGGGGAAGGUCAAGCCCUUGCACAGUACGUGCAGCAAAACUUGCGUAUCCCGAGGAGAGGAGAGAUUGGGUACCAAGGUGAUGAAAUUGAGAAAUUUGAAGACUCGGGGUAUGUAAUGUCCGGAAGUCGUCAUGCAAGAAUGAAUGCCGUCCGUAUUCGAAAGGAGAAUCAAGUUUAUUCGGCAGAGGAACAACGUGCUUUGGCCUUGAUUACCAUGGAAGAAAAUCAGCAAAAGGAAGCUCAACUCAUGGAAGAUUUUCGUACCAUGCUCAAGAGUAAGAAGGCUGUCAUUACCAGUAGAGGCAAGGGCAAAGCUGACGAAGGUGGUGAUGGCUAG